CCCAACCUUGCCGGUGCUCUACCUAGCCUCGGCUAGGCCUAUGCAGGAAUAUAGGCCUAGCUGUUCUGUAUUUUCCAAAAAAUAUCGGCCACCCUAACCAUAACCUUAACCUCCAGUUAUGUCAUUGUUAUGGUUAGGCCAAUUAAAUCAAGUUCCUCUCAACUGAAUAGUGUGUAUGGAGCUAGAGUUGAGUAUGAAAAAGUGCAAAAGCGAAGAGCAGCUGAUGCUAAAUGUCGUGCAAAUAUUGCAGAGUGUUUCAACCAGUUGAAGAGCAAUAUUCAUUUUGAUGCAAAGCUAUCAAAGUCCUGUAUUUUACAAGAAUCAUUGCGAAAAAUUCAUUAUUUGGAAGCAAUUGUUUCACUGCAGCUUAUGAAUGUACAAGGAGGUGAAUGGUCACCUCCAGCAUGGAAACAAGUUACCAUUCAGUCUAUACAUCAAGAAUUCAUUGACAGUUAUAAAAACGGAAUUGUAAUCAAGAAAAAACCAAAGAAGACAAAAAAGGUGUAUAAAUCUAAAACGAAUAAGAAGCCAUCUAAACUUAAAAGUGGUAAAAGCAACAGCGUGAAGGUUAGGGUCUCGAUGAAUGCGGACCAAGUGGUACCAUGUUCUCCUGCAGUUAAUUAUCAACAUGUUUGUAAACCUACUAAACAAUUUGAAAGAAUACAGUCAAGUGUAGCAAGUAGCAGUGUAAGCAAGAUAGGAAGCUGUAGAAAUGCAUGUUUAACACCGGAUCUGAUGUGUAAUGAGGAUAUCAAUGAGGCAGAUCAUGAGAAUGCAAUGGAUAUGUUUCGUACACCAAAACAAUACCGACUGAUCCUUCCCAACAAUGCCCCAAGAAAGCCUAAACAUAGUCAGCUAGAAAAUUUAGUGCAAAGACAAAAUCGCAAAAAAAGGAAACUGGAGUUCGGACAAACAGAUGAACAUGUUGCAGCUUUAUUCCGAAAUAAGAAGAGAAAGACAGAUAUGAAGCGUUUAAUGAAGCAGAGUUGCUCAGCACGUACUAGACCAAUUUCCUACUACUAUGAUAAACAAAGGAAGUACCAAGACACUCCACCUAACACUGACUUCCCGCUAGGAAGUUGUUUAGCGUUCUUUGAAACAGAGAGAAGUUGUCAUGGUCUUCGUGAUCAUAGGAAAAUUACAAUGUCUCCCUCUAUGGACAACCAAAAUGAACUUAUCAGUGAUGAAAAUUUGGAGGAUGUAGAUGUUAUUGGUGACCACGAGAAUGAUAUUGAUGUCAGAAUGACAAGAGAUCUAAAUGAGUCUGCUUGUGAAGAAUUUGGAGAAACAUUCUUACAAGAACAAAGUAAUACUGACGAUGACAACGGUAUUCUAUUGAUGAUUCUUGAAAUGGAAAAUGAGUUCUCUAACCAAGGCUGCAUCGAUGCUUUCAUGGGAAACAAAGACUACGACGAUGACUCCCCCGAUAACUAUGGCAUUGUAACAUCGUCGUUAGGUUCUUCAACAACAGAAGAAUCAUCCUCGCUGCCUUCACCAGUAGGGUUCACAGAUGUCGCAAUGGACAGUGACUUCUUUGACACAGUCAAGAACUCAAGCUUCCAGAUGGACAUGCUUCUAAAAUCAAAUCCAGAGGUCGUAAACGUUGCUCGGAGUCCCUCUGAGACCAGUAUCUUCUGUUUUGAAAAUGAUGACGACCUAUCUGGUGGUGAUUUGACAUGUUAUGAGGAUGACUUGCCCAUAAGCUCCUUCAGCUUCUACAGUCCACAGAAGAAGAGUUUUGCAGACAUGCCAUUUGAAAUCUCGGAUGAGUGCAUUACAAAUGGGAUGACAGAUUCCAAGGAAUCACUGCAUUGGUGUACAUCCAUGGACUCUGUUUACCAGCAGACUCACAAUAGAAAAGUAAACAUUCCUUCAGUUGAUGAUUCUGCACCUGCAUCAAGUGCACAUUACCAAGUGGUUCCAGAACUGGUGGAUGAUUAUUGCAGUGUGCUUCCCUACAUGGCUACUGAAAGUCUGGCUGGAUCCAGUGCUAACUAUCCACCACCUCGACCUCAUAAAAUGAAGUGGUUCCUGCAAGAUCCUGAAAUUCUUGCUUGUUAUGAGGGCAUAGAUGACAUGUAGUGCACCAAUUCCUUCCUUCUCAAACUGUACAAGUUGCUUCAAUAUGCACCUAACCUGCUCAACUACAUCAAUGGUGUUACCAGGUACCCAUUCACCCACAUGGAUGAUCAUAUUAUUUAUAUUCGUGUUACCUGUUCACCAGAUGAAUAUCAUCAAUAUAAUAAUGUUAUAUUAAUUUUAUAUUUAUAUAGCACCAUUUGGACAGUGUCUAUGCGCUUUUGGCAUUUUAAAACAAAGACACAAGAAACUUGUGUGUUCUCGCAUACAAAUGUUGAAUAAGCAUCGCUUUUGUUGCCAAGUAUAAUACAAUACAAUAUAAUGCAGUAUGCUGGGCUACAGUAUUUAUGCUCUUGGCUCCACUACCAAGGCAACAACACACCUUAACAUUGGACAUGUGAAUCCUGCAUGUUAAAUUUUAAAAACCUUUUGAUAAGCAUUAUCACUGUACCUAUCACUAGAUCAAUGAUAUUAUAAAAAACUUUACUGUACCAAAUCAGUGAUACCAUAAAUAUUUGCCAAACCCAUAUAAUUGAUGCCAUAAACAAAGUUAUUCUAAAUUUUCUAAUGCAAAAUUGAUAAUGUUGAUGACAUCAAAAAAACAAAAUAUAUUUCUUUAUCAAGUCCUUAGGCGAAUUUUUAAAAUUUAAAUCUUCCUCUGUGGUUAUAUUAUUCCAUAUUUGGUAAUAUGGAUAUACUAUGGAAAUAAAUCCUUCUCCUUUCUGGUCAAAUGAUAUUCAAAGAUUUAUAGUGUAGAAUCUGAAUUUUUAUUUUUCACUGUGAUCAUCUAAUCCAAGUAGGUAUAAUGUUGAUAUCACUAAUGAACUACAAAACUUAAAUUCAUUUAAUUAAUUUUAUUUUCAUAAGUUACCAAUUAACUAGUUUAUUCAAAUGUACCUUACAAAAGUGAAGAAGGUGAUUUCAAUAGAAGUCUGUACCAGUACCCUAUUGAAAUAUAGUUCAAUAAAAUAUAAUAAAUAUCAUUAACGAUGCUUAUCAAAGCAGGUGUGAUGGAGUAUUAAUACACUGCCACACUCGUAUUUUACAUUGAUUCAUAAUUAUUCAUUACUUACGCAUUUUUAAAUAAUUUUAUAUCACAAAAAGUGAAUUCUGCUUAUCUCUGUAAGAAUAUGAUUAUAGUUUUGUACCAUAAGCUAUAUUGUUUUGAAAUAUUUAUGAAGCAUUAACGCCUAUUUUAAAAUAUAUUUUCUGUACAAAUGUUAGCAAAUUGUAUUUACAGCAAGCAAGUUCUCAACACUGAAAAUUAUAGUGUUAAGCAGGUACUGUAUCAAUAUAGAGUAGAACAUGAUAUCAAGCAGCUUUAUAGGCUGGGUUCACGCAAGCACAUAACCGCAAGCAGCUUGUCACAAAUGCAAUGUUAUCUUAUUCUUCCUCUUGUAAGAAAGUUGAGCUGCAUUUGUCCUCUGCAUGCAUGUUAGUCUGCCGCGACUUGAGUGGCUCACAGUGGUUGCGAUGUGCACCUAAUUUCAAGUGGUUCCCUCGUAGUUGCUGUAACCUUGUUUGCAUAUGAGGGACUUGUCUAAAUUUCUGUAGUGCAAACCUAGCUUAUGCAAUUCCACCCAAAUUACCAUUACUUGGUGGUGGCACUACUAAAAUAAGCAUGUGUUGAUGAUCUCUUGUAUAAAUAUCAUGUUAAAAUUUAAAGUUUGUCACAAGUUACAAGUAUUUUUAAGUUUGAAUACAGUAAUACCAAAAGGUAUUUAUAUAACAAUUAGAGUACUAUGCUUCAAAGCAAUAUGCACAGUAGACCUCUCUGCUAAUUCCUAUCACUUGGAUAUUGUUUGCUAAGGUAACACUAAACGAGUAUGUGCGUUUGUUGGACACGUCACUGACAGGUCAGUUAUUAAGUUUGAUUGACACUUCAGAAAGGUCUGUUGUGUAUAGGUACUCUUCAGGCUGGCCCGAGGGAGUCUAUACAGAUUACAACCAUUAAUAACACUAAACAUUAUUUAAUUCAUGAUUAUUAAUAAUAUUUAAAAAAAAAUAAUAACAUAUCCAAAAUGGGAAGACACCAAAUUGAGUAACUGAUUUUAAAAUAAAGUACAAUAUACUGUAGUAUGCAACUGAAGUUUUGUUGUGACAUGGUAGGGCUGGAAAGUAGUACAUACAAUAUUCAAAACUAUCAUAUGAAAUUGAGGGCGCAAUUAACAAUGCUUAGGCAUCUAAAACUAAAAGAGCCAUCUUGUUGAGUACUAAUACACAACACUGAUUUUUCUUUUGGAAAAUUGAAUACUCUACUUUGGAGUCACUGUAAUAUUUUAUUACUCUGAGUAAUACCCAUUUAAUAUUUGUGAGAAUUAGUUUUUAAAGUCUGUUUCAUGUUGGAUUAAAAAUAAAGUUGAUUGGAAAAAAAA